UGAAUAAUCCCCCGGCCCCGGGGGACAAAAAGCCAUUGCUUAAACCCUAAAACCAGCCUCUUCCUCCUUCUUCCUCUCUGCGCUGCUUUCUUCUUCUUCUUCUUCAAAGCUACUUGAACAGCUCUCUACUGGCUGGCUGGUUGGGUCCUGUACUACUGAAAUGGAGGAAGAGCUUCGUGUUCGGCUCAAUGAGCAUCAAGUGUCAAAGGUUUUUCCAGUGAAACCAAAAUCAACGGCUAAACCUGUUUCCGAAUCGGAGACUCCAGAAUCCAGAUACUGGUCCUCCUUCAAACCUCACCCCGUUCCUAAUCUCGUCUCCUCCGUCUCCGCCUUGGCUUUCUCUCCUGUCCACCCUCACUCCUUGGCCGUAGCUCACUCCGCCUCCGUCUCCCUCUUUUCCUCCCUCUCUCUUUCCUCCUCCCGCCGCUUCUCCUUCCGUGAUGUUGUCUCCUCCGUCUGUUUCCGUUCCGACGGCGCUCUUUUCGCCGCCUGCGAUCUCUCCGGCACUGUCCAGGUCUUCGACAUCAAGCAACGCAUGGCUCUCCGUACCCUCCGCUCCCACACCAACGGAAAAGGGCCGAGGAACAAACCUCUCUCUCUCUCUCUCGACGGUGUGGUUCCAAUCUUACGAACAAGCAACGGUGAUCGGUGGAUGGAAGAAGAGGUGCGUUGCUACUGUUUUGGAGNGCUGAGGCCGACGUAUUUCAGGUACUUCCAGAGAGGGCAGAGCGAGAAGCCAUCCAAAGAGGAUUACUUGGUCAAGGAGAAGAAAGGAUUGAAGCUCACAAGACACGAUAAGCUGUUGAAGAAGUUCAGGCACAAGGAGGCUCUGGUCUCCGUGUUGGAGGAGAAGAAACCGGCUAAUGUGGUCGCAGUGAUGGAGGAAUUAGUGGCAAGGAGGAAGUUGAUGAAGUGCGUGUCGAAUAUGGAGGAAAGCGAGUUGGGAAUGCUGCUAGGCUUCUUACAAAGGUACUGCACUGUGCAGAGGUAUUCAGGAUUCUUGAUGGGAUUGACAAAGAAGGUUUUGGAGACGAGAGCUGAGGACAUCAAGGGUAAAAACGAAUUUAAAGGACUUCUCAGGAACUUGAAGAGAGAGGUUAACCAGGAGAUUAGGAUACAACAGUCUCUUCUAGAGAUUCAGGGUGUUCUUGCUCCUCUGAUGAGAAUUGCUGGGAGGAGUUGAUGAAUCAAUGCAAGUUUUGUUUGUUUCUUUUUUAAUGCUUUCAGUUUUUUUUUUUAUGCUAAUGAUAUGUCAUGGUAAUCUAAACUUUGAAAUGAUGGAUUUAUAUAACAAAGAGCAGUUUUGUUGGGUUC